AAAAUAUUGGUCCACAGUCCACAGUCAGUCCUCCACACUUAAAACUUGACCCAACAUCCCCGUUGCUCUCAUGUCUAAUGUCUCCACUCUCCAUAUUUAAUUGAGUAUUAUACUUACAAAUAUAAAAAAAAACGAAAGUAUGACUGCUUAUUUGAUCAUGCGUGAACCUCUUUUAUAUAUGCUUGUAAAAAUAAAAUAAAAAACCUGUUUUAUUUCCUACAUUUAAUAAUUUCUGAUAACUUAUUCCCACAUACCUAUCAGCAAAGAAGUCAUGGUAGGCGCCUACACAGAAGCUUCAUCCUUUGCCCAACAACAAUACUUAACUCUCUCUAUAUAGCGCAUUCAGCCUCCAUUGCUGUUUCAUAACAAUCAUAAGCAUCAAGCACUUCCACAGAUUACAAAUCACAGCGAAAAGAAAUUAAAGAAAAAUAUUAAUCAAGUAUGGUUUACGAAUAUGCUCUUGCUGGUGUCUUGGUUUCUCUGUUGAGUUCUGUUUUCUUCGUCAUCAUAAACACCACUUUCAGGGGAAACAAGAAGGACGAUGUCGCAAACGUGUCGGCAACCGGUGUUUUUCUUGCGCCCGAGAUUGAGAAAAGUACGGACGUUGUCAUUGUCGGUGCUGGAGUUGCUGGUUCUGCUCUUGCUUACACUCUUGGCAAGGAAGGACGGCGUGUACAUGUGAUCGAAAGGGACCUUAGUGAGCCAGACAGAAUUGUUGGUGAACUAUUGCAGCCUGGAGGCUAUCUCAAGUUGAUUGAAUUAGGUCUUGAAGAUUGUGCUAACGAGUCCAUUGAUGCUCAGAAAGUGUUUGGUUAUGCCCUUUACAAGAAUGGCAAUGACACGAAACUGUCUUAUCCCUUGGAAACAUACAAUUUAGAUAUCGCUGGGAGAAGCUUUCACAACGGGCGUUUCAUCCAAAGAAUGCGCGAAAAGGCAGCAACUCUUCCAAGUACUGUAAAAUUGGAACAAGGAACAGUGACAACACUACUUGAAGAAAAGGGAACCGUCAAGGGAGUGAUGUACAAGAACAAGGCCGGAAAGGAGAUGAGAACAUAUGCUCCGCUAACAAUAGUCUGCGAUGGAUGCUUUUCAAAUCUGCGUCGCUCUAUUUCUACUCCAAAUAUUGAAAAUCCGUCCUGCUUCGUCGGAUUGAUCUUGGAGAACUGUGAGCUUCCUCAUGCAAAUCAUGGACAUGUGAUUCUGGGAGACCCUUCACCCAUCCUGUUUUAUCCUAUUAGUAGUACCGAGGUUCGUUGUUUGGUAGAUGUUCCUGGCACAAAAGUACCUUCAGUAGCUAACGGCGAAAUGGCUCAGUAUUUGAAAACUGUCGUGGCUCCUCAGGUUCCCCAUCAGCUCUUAAAGGCUUUUCUAGCAGCGGUUGAUAAAGGAAUCAUCAGAACAAUGCAAAACAAAAGCAUGCCGGCUGCUCCACAGCCCACUCCUGGUGCAAUUUUACUGGGGGAUGCUUUCAACAUGAGACAUCCUUUAACAGGAGGAGGAAUGACUGUGGCUCUUUCUGACAUUGUUCUUCUUAGGGAUCUUCUGAGACCGCUAAGUGAUUUCAACGAUGCACCUGCCUUGUGUGAUUAUCUCAAAUCAUUCUACACACUCCGCAAGCCUGUGUCAUCUACCAUAAACACAUUAGCCGGUGCGCUUUACAAGGUGUUCUGUGCAUCGCCUGACCCCGCAAGACGAGAAAUGCGUGAAGCAUGUUUUGACUAUUUGAGCCUUGGAGGCAUCUGUUCAAAUGGACCAAUAUCUCUACUCUCUGGUCUUAACCCUCGUCUGAUCAGCCUGUUUCUCCAUUUCUUUGCUGUGGCUGUCUAUGGAGUCGGCCGCUUAAUGAUUCCAUUCCCAACGCCGAAACGGAUAUGGUUGGGGGCUAGAUUGAUCUUGAGUGCAUCAGGAAUCAUAUUCCCAAUUAUUAAAGCCGAAGGAGUUAGACAGGUGUUCUUUCCUGCAACAAUCCCAGCAUAUUACAGAGUUCCUCCCGUUCACAGACGAAUCAAAACAAGCACGAAGCAUGUAUGUUAAGAAAAAAAAGCAAAGCAAAAUACUUGUAUCAUAUUAGCUUUUACCACCACAAAGGUGAGGGUAUUGCUGAAAUUAGAAGAAAACUAGAGAAAUUAUUGUUCUCAAUUGUUUUUAGCGUUUGUUGUUCUGCAAUAGGGAACAAGAUUCCAUAAGAAACUUGUAUCUAAAUGUUGCAGUUCGUGUAUAAUCAACACUUUUUAAAUUUUUUAUUUAAUUAG